UCUUUCUGUUAUUCUCAGUUUGUUAUGAAUGUUUUCUCUUUCUUUUCUACAUUCAUAACAAUUUGGUAUCAGAGCUCAGAACAAUAAACCUCUACUACCAUGGCAAAGAUGAGUAAUACAGAUCGUAUCACUCAACUAGAGACGGAUUUGGCAAUAAUGCGACAUGAAAUGGAAAAGUUCAACGAAGUUCAGAGAGUAUAUUUCGCCAAGCUCACGGAAUUGAAUGAAAAACGUUUCGAAGAAGUUAUUGCAGCUGUCAAAGGAAUCAAUAGUCAUUCUCACCAAGAACAUACUCCUCGCAGAUCAGAUUCCGGUCUAAUUGCUACACCUGGGCAUAACCGAGGUCUUAAAUUGGAAUUUCCUCAAUUCAAUGGUGAAAACGCUAGAGGAUGGAUCAGAAAAUGUGAGAGGUACUUUCUAAUCCAUAGUAUGUCACAUAAUGAGAAGAUUGUAUUGAUUGGAAUGUAUGUUACUGGCAAUAUGGAGAAUUGGUAUAUGGAUAGAAUUGUUGGUAGAGAGUCUAUGGGCUGGGAUACAUUCGUAUUACUUUUCUUGGAUAGAUUCUCAAAAGAAAAUGAUGUUAUUGGGGAAUUCAACAAAUUAAGACAGAAAGGUGCAGUUGAUGAGUAUGUGGACAAAUUUUCUGAACUAUAAAAUCUUUUAUGCUGCAAAGGAAUAAACAUCUGGAUGAGUAGUAUUUUCUGAGAAGUUUUCUUAGUGGCUUAAAAAGUGAAAUAAGACACAUGGUGGAGAUUGUAGCACCUGAAACACUCGAGCAAGCUUUUUUUUAUAGCUAAGAAGCAAGAAGCUCUUUUGGAAGCAGUAGGAAGGACAGGAAAAUCUAUACCAAAGAGUAAUAACUGGUCCAGGAUUAAUACCGAGAACAAAGGAGCUGCAUAUGGGGAGAAACCUUUACCAAUCAAAAGAUUGAGUAAAGAGGAGCUAGAAGCAAGAAGAAAGAAAGGAUUAUGCUUCAAUUGUGAUGAAGCUUAUACACUGGGACAUAAAUGCAGGAAACGUUUUGUGAUCCUACUUUCUGAAGAUACUAAAGAGGAUAUUGAAUCUUUAUUAAAUCAAGAUGAUGAAGAAGAAGAGAGUUUUGGGGUGUCACUCCAUGCUUUGAAAGGGCAUGUACCAACUGAAACUAUUAAACUGGCUGGCAGGGUUAAGAACAAUAACAUAACUAUGCUUAUAGAUCCAGCAACAGCUAAUAUAAUCAACUGUGAACUGGAAAUUACAAAUCCUUUGCAGGUUAUGGUUGCUGGAGGGGAAGAAUAUAGUGCAAUUCCAAAUGUCCAAAGUUGGAAUCGGAAAUGGUUGGGCAUCAUUUUGCAGCAAGUGUGAGAGUAUUGAAAUUGGGAGGUUAUGAUAUGGUAAUGGGAGUAGAUUUGAUGAAGAAGCUUGGACCUAUCAUGUUUGAUUAUGACAAUCACUCUGUCACCUUUGAUCAUAAGGGAGAAAGAGUCACUGUGAAAGGCAUACAACCAGACAUAUCUAUAAGGAUGAUGACAGGCAAGAAGAUGAGAAAAUUGCUAAGAAAGAAGAAAGAAAUUGUUUCAAAGUUCUUUUGUAUGGUUACUUCCAUAAAUGGAGAAAAUAAACCAUCUGUUAAGGAAGAAUUAGAAGAAUUGGUGGAAGAAUUCCAAGUAAUCUUUAAAGAGUCUAAAGAGUUACCCCCACUAAGGCAGCAUGAGCAUCAAAUUGAUAUCAAAUCUGGAGAAAAACCAUUCAAACAGUUUCCUUAUAGGUAUCCUUACUCGCAGAGACAGGAAAUAGAGAAGUUGGUCAAAGAAAUGCUUGCUUCUGAAGUCAUACAUCAUAGUCAUAGCCCAUAUUCAAGCCCAAUACUAUUGGUGAAGAAAAAAGAUGGCUCGUGGAGGUUUUAUGUGGACUAUAGGAGACUCAAUUCAAUCAAUAUAAAAGAAUAAUUAUCCUAUUCCUCUUAUAGAUGAUUUGCUUGAUGAGUUACAUGGGGCCACUGUUUUCUCUAAAAUUGAUCUUAGAGCAGGAUACCAUCAAGUGAGGAUGAAAACAGAAGAUAUUGAGAAAACAACCUUUGUGACUACAAGUGGAUUGUAUGAAUUUACUGUUAUGCCCUUUGGACUAACCAAUGCCCCUGCCACAUUUCAGGCUCUUAUGAACAACAUAUUUGGUAAGUAUUUGGGCAAAUUUGUGCUGGUUUUCUUUGAUGAUAUACUCAUAUAUAGCACUGAUCUGGAAACUCAUACUUGAAGAAAGUGUUUGAACUGUUGCUUGAACAUGCUUUAUUUUCAAAAAGAUCUAAGUGCAGCUUUGGAGUUUCUCAUAUAGAAUACUUGGGGCAUAUCACUAGUGCUGCUGGAGUUGUUGUGGAUCCAAACAAGAUAAAAAGUAUUCUAGAAUGGCUAGUUCCUUCAUCUCUCAAAGCUUUAAGGGGUUUCUUGGGUAUGACUGGAUACUUCAAGAAGUUUUGUUCCCAAUAUGGAAGUAAAGCUAAACCUCUUACUGAUCUAACCAAGAAGGGAAUGUUCAAGAGGAGCAGCCUAGCUCAAGAAGCAUUUGAAGAGCUUAAAGAAGCUAUGUGCACUAUAUCUGACGAGCACUUUGUCACGAUGCAUCAAAAUAAAUUCAAUACUAGCACUAAUAUAUAGUAUAGGUGGAGUAGAGUUCGUAUCCACAGGGAAAGGAAUAUUUUUCUUUUUACGAACUUAGUUAAUAAAAGGGGGGUUUUGGUGUUGGAUGAUUUAAUUUAAUUAAAAACUAAGAUGAACGACUUAUAUGAGAUUUAAUUCAAAGAUAAAAAGGACUUGGCAUUUCUA